AUGCCAAGACACUCAAAGAAUCCAGCAUCAAAAGGUCAAUUUACGUAUCAUGAAAGACAACAAUUAGAGUAUGGAACUUCAAAGGUUCGUUUGGGUAAGGAUUCAAUUAAAGACUUUGAUUCGUGUAGUAUAUGUUUAGCUAGUUUUGUUACUCCUCAGUGUUGUCCAAAAGGUCAUAUAUAUUGUAAAGAAUGUAUAUUGACAUCACUAUUGAAACAAAAGAAAGCAAACAAGGAAAAAGAGAAACAAUGGGACCAACAACAAGUAAAGAUUAAACAACAAGAACAAGAAAAAAAGUUACAAGAAGAGGAUAGUAAACUAAAAGAGUUUGAAUCGAAUAAUGUAACUUUUUUAGAAAAUGAAAAGACCAGCAGUACAUCUACAACAAAUACAAACACGAAUAACAAUCAUCUUGAUAAAGAUGGUAAACCAAAUCCUUUUUGGGUUUCAAGUUUAAUACCAAGUCCACUUAAACAAGUUAAAACGAUUGAUAAACCAACAAUGAAUACUGUUUGUCCAGAAGGUAACCACCCAUUACUUUCUAAACAAUUGAUUACUCUUAAAUUUAAAUCAAUUUCAAAUCAAAAAUCAAAUAACAAUAAGAAUAAUGAAGACAACGACGACGAAGAAGAUGUAGAUAAUGGAAAUGGUUAUUGUUGUCCAAUUUGCGAAAAGACAUUGACCAAUAUUCACAAAUUAAAAGCGUUAAAGACAUGUGGACAUGUAUUCUGCUCACCAUGUUUGGAAAAGUUGAAUGAAACCAACAAAAAACAAACACCUUUGGAGACAAAGCAAUGUUUGACCUGUCAAAAGGAUUAUGACAGUGAUCAAGUUAUUUCAUUGAACACUGCACUAAAUAUCCUGAAAGCGGAGGACCAAUGUUCGGACGCUGGUGGCGGUCACGAAUUAAUUGCAAAGAAAUAUUCUCCAACUGCUAUGAUAUAA